GGCAAGCACAUACAUAAAACAUGCAGCUGAAUGGACAAGAGGAUUAAAAAGACGUCAUAAUGUUAAUCUUUUUAUGUCUGAGUCUAUUUUAUUACUAACUAAUAUUAUUAUUGAAAGAGAAGUUAUAGGCAAUGAUCUACCUAUUGUUACGUUUUCUCAGCUUAAGUUAAUUGCCAAAGAUAAAAAUGAUCAAUUGAGUUUCUUCUUUAACGAAAUUGAAGAAAUAGCUUCUAUACCACUUUGGAAUUUGAAAGAUGAGCCAACGGCAAGCGAUGAUAAUCUUUCAUGGGUAGAUUGUGUUAAUAUCUUGACGAAACUUUUAUAUGAUAGAGAGAAAAAUAUACAGGAGCCG